AAUAAAAGCGUUGCCACGUAGUCUCUCCCACUCAAUCGAGAUGCAAUUAACUUUUGUAACGGCUACAAAACUCUCUCACUUCUCUCCCUUUUUGAAUUCUCUCCAUCUCCAUCUCCUUUACAAAUUCCUCUUUCUUCUUCCUCCCUAUUCAAAAACCCUAGACACCUUCUGCUCUCUUCUUGAUUCAAUUCUUGUUUUUUUUUUCGAAAUUAACCAUGCGGAGCGGCGAGAGGAUCGAUUCAGACGAAGCAGAGACGAGGGCGAGAACGGGAACGAAUCAUCUCUCGAAAGAAGUCGAUGACUUUAUCAAAGACACAAUAGAUCACUCCAUGGGUCUUCCGAUCUCCAUGGAAGCUCUUCAUAAGAAGCUUUCUACAACUGAAGAAACCCAUCGCCGUCUUCGCGAGCAGUACCUUUCUCUUGUUUCAAGAUUAAAGGAGAAAGAUCAUGUCAUCGAUCGCGUUAGGUCUGAAGCGAGUAUGAAUGCGCAAGCGUUGAAGAAGUUUGUUGAUGAGAAUCAGAAAUUGGCAAGUGAGUGUGGGAAUUUGUUGAGUCAGUGUAAGAGAUUGGAGAAGGAGUGUUUGCUUUACCAUAAAGAUCGUGAUGCCUUGAUGGAGUUUGGGAAUGAGUCUGAUGAGAGGGCUAGAGAAGCAGAAGCUAGGGUUCGUGAAUUGGAGGAGGAGAUUGGAAGAUUGUCUGAGGAAAUGCAGAUUUGUAAGCGUCGAAUCGGAGAUGGUGAAGUUGACAGCUGCACUACACCGUCAGAAGAAGACUUGCUUGAUUCGGUUUUGGGAUCACUCAUAAGCAAAGACGAAACUAUGAUGGGGCGUCUCUUCUUGGAGGCAAAUGUCCACGACCAAUCGUGCCAAACUUUGUUGAGCAAGUGGGAUCACUUAAAGCCUUCAACGCAAAAGGUUCUUGCUUUAGUUUCAAGGGCAAAGAAAUUUGAAAAGGAAAAAGAAUGCAUCAUCCUAAAUCUCGCAAAAGCCGAGCAAGAGGUGGAACUUGUGAGCACGCUAAACCGAAAGCUGGAUAAAGAAAAUCGCAAGUUGUUAAGGCAACAAAGCCCUCUUUGUUCCGCAGAGAUGAACCGAAACAGCGCAUCUGCAAAGUCAAACAAGAGAAAGAGUCCGAAGAUGAUGACCAGCCCUGUGGAAAAGAAGCUUGAGUUUAGCAGUCCAGAAGUCAGCAGAAAGCCUCUAUCACCUGUGUGGAAUAAUUCAAACAAGUGCUAGAUAUUGACUAUGAAUCAAAACAUUCUCUGUAUUAUUCACAUCUGUGAAAAACCAGAUUCGGAUUAUAUUGUCACUAACAAAAACAUAUAUUGCUAUAAAAAUUUGACCACAAAAUCAUGUUUCCUACUGCUAUAAGCUU